AUGGCAGCAAAGGAAGAUCUACUGUACAAAAUUUGGCUAUCUGAACAAAUUGAGCGUUUUGAGGGUAAUUUAAUGUUUUUGUUAUUUUCUGCAGAUAUGGUGAGUUAUUUAGAAGCAUUUUUAAGUAAGGGAGGCAAAUUACCGCCAGGACAACGCCACCAGCUCUCCGGUGCAUUUUGCAAACUCGCCGCCCCAAAACGUUUCGCAUUGGAAAAAAUUAAUCUAGCAUUAAAUGCAACGAGUGAAGAUAAUCAAUCUGAAUAUACGAGUUUAUUACAUUAUAAGAAAGUUCUUGAAGAUGAAAUUCGCCAAAUUUCAAAUCGAUGCAUAAAGUUAAUAGAUGACUGCAUGAAAGAUGAUGACGAAGCAGAACUGAAAGCUUUGUAUCACUGCGUAAAGGCUGAUAGCUUUAGAUAUCUUUGUGAGUGUGAAACUGGUGAUAAUAUAGGUGACAUUGUGAAAAGUGCCCUUGAAGAGUAUAAAACGGCUUCUAGAAUAGCAAUUGGGAAUUUAAAUCCUACUAAUGCAAUUAGAUUAGGAAUCGCCAUUAAUUUGUGCAUUUUCUAUCUGUAUGUUGCCAAUAAUGCCAAAGAUGCCUAUGGAAUUGCUCACUCAGCUCUUAGGGAUGCUGAUGCAGAAAUAGCCAAUUUGCAAGAAAAAGAACUUGAUGGGUUGGUACAAGGCUGCCUAAUUCAACUCAAAGACUACAAAUAUUCCAUCCAGAAACUAUUUUUAUCAACUGAAAGUGCAGAAGGCGUAAACUAA